UGGAACCUCCUUGCCUCUCCCUCGCCUCGUCCCCGCCCUCGGCAGGACUACGGGGGGUGCUACGACCAGGGAUGUGAGCCGGGCUCCCCUCCAGCCUCUGCCAUGGCAACCUCAGGAAGCCCAAAGGGCUGUGAUAUCCUAAUUGUCUACAGCCCAGAUGUCCAAGAAUGGUGCCAGUAUCUGCAGAAUCUUUUCCUUUCAUAUUGGCAGGUUCAGAACCAGCACACCCUGACCUAUGAACUGAGACCUGGGGCUACCAUCCCCACUAGAGACUUGACCCUUUUCCUCAACAGUCGGUGUAUCAUUGUACUCCUAUCAUUUGAACUAGUGCAGAACUUUUAUCAACCCAAUGUGCUCUCCAGCCUUCAGAAAGCCCUGUGCCCUCCCCAUAGGGUGCUAAAGCUCUUCUGUGGAGUGCAGGACUGUGAAGAUUUCUCAGAGUUCUUCGAGGACUGGACCUGUUGGCAGGAACUCACUUGUGAAGAUGAGCCUGAAACCUAUGUGGCUGCUGUGAAGAAGGCUUUUUCAGAAGAUUCUGGCUGUGACUCCAUCACAGACACUGAGGCUGAAGACGAGAAGACUGUUAUUUACUCCAGGCAUAUUUCCUCUACUCAGACGAACCGGCUCCUGGAGACCACACCGGGGAACCUGAUGGUGGUGCAGCCGGACCGAAUUCGUUGCGGGGUGAACACAACAGUUUAUGUUAUUGUGAAAUGCAAGCUGGAUAGCCAAGUGAAGACAGAAGCUGAAUUCUCUCCUGAGAACUCCCCUUCAGUCCGCGUAGUUGCCAAGCUGGAAAAUGAAUACACGGUUUCUAUAAAGGCCCCCAACUUAUCUUCAGGUGAUGUUUCUCUGAAAGUCUAUUCGGGUGACCUAAUGGUGUGUGAAACAACUGUCCACUAUUAUACUGACAUGGAGGAAAUUGGAAACUUGUUGGCCAGUGCAGCCAAUCCCGUGGAGUUCAUGUGCCAGGCCUUUAAAAUUGUGCCCUACAACCUUGAGACCCUUGAUAAGCUUCUAACUGAGUCUCUGAAGAAGAAUAUUCCUGCGAGUGGACUGCAUUUGUUUGGGAUCAACCAGCUAGAAGAAGAAGAUAUGAUGACCACUCAGCGGGAUGAGGAGCUGCCCACCUUGCUUCAUUUCGCUGCAAAGUAUGGACUGAAGAACCUCACAGCCCUGCUGCUGACCUGCCCUGGAGCUUUGCAAGCCUAUAGUGUGGCCAACAGGCACGGUCACUACCCCAACACAAUUGCUGAAAAGCAUGGCUACAGAGACCUGCGACAGUUCAUUGACGAAUAUGUGGAAACUGUGGACAUGUUGAAGAGUCACAUUAAGGAAGAGUUAAUGCAAGGGGAGGAAGAUGACUCCGUGUACGAGUCAAUGGCCCACCUUUCCACAGACUUGCUAAUGAAAUGUUCCCUCAAUCCUGGCUGCGAUGAGGAGCUGUAUGAGUCCAUGGCUGCUCUCUCCCCGACAUCCACGGAGGAUCUUUAUGUAGAGAUGCUUCAGUCCAGUGCCUCUAACACGAAAUCUGCAGACUCUUUUCCCUUGGCCACCAAAGACUCCAUCAUUCGCAAAUUUUUGGAAGGCAACAGUGUAGAAGCCACCCAUUUGGAGAGAGACUCUUGCCCUGCUGGUGGGUGUGAAGACAUUUACCACACAGUAGAAGAUGACAGCACCUUUCCUAUGGACCUGGCCAAUAGACCCCCAGUGCCUGUGCCCAGGCCAGAGAUCAGUCCUCAUGCCAGUCACCAGAUGUCCCAGAGUGAAUCAUAUAUUUCUAAAGUAUUUUCAGAUAAAAGUCAGGAGCGGCCUGGAAAUUUUUAUAUUUCUUCUGAGCUCAUGAGAAAAGAGCCUCUGGUCAGGCCAUGGAGGGACAGACCCCAGUCAAGCAUUUAUGAUCCAUUUGCUGGCAUGAAAACUCCUGGCCAGAGACAACUCAUUACCUUACAAGAACAAGUAAAGCUAGGCAUUGUUAAUGUGGACGAGGCUGUUCUCCAUUUCAAGGAGUGGCAGCUGAAUCAGAAGAAGAGAUCGGAGUCCUUUCGCUUUCAGCAGGAAAAUCUUAAACGGUUACGAGACAGCAUAACUCGAAGACAACUAGAGAAGCAAAAAUCCGGGAAACAAACAGACUUAGAGAUCACGGUUCCUAUUAGACAUUCUCAGCAACUCUCUGGAAAAGUGGAGUACGGAGUCUAUGAAAGCGGCCCCAGGAAGAGUAUCUUGCCCCCAAAGAGCACACUAUGCCGAGGAGAUUGGAAAACAGAAAGUACUUCGAGUACAUCAAGCAGCAAUAGUAACCGCUCCAGCACCCGAAGCAUCCUCAGUGUCAGCAGUGGAAUGGAAGGUGACAAUGAGGACAAUGAACUCCCAGAAAUUAACAGAAGCCGUAGCCCAGGUCCCCAGCACACAGAAAGAGCCCCCUUCAAGUCCCUCGAAAGGCCUCCUAGGAUACCUCCUCGAGCUGCCUCUCACAGGCCUCCAAGUAGAGAGAACUUCCAUCCUCCUCCACCUGUUCCACCCAGAGGUCGCUGAUUCCUCCUCUUAUCAUCUUUUAAAAACAGGACUUUGGGAAGGAAAGCAAGUGAUUCCAAGCUUCUUAAUGAUGUCAUCACUGACUUAAUGUUGGAUUGUACUGAAAUUUCACCUGCCAUUAAGAUAUAUUUCAUGGUCAGACUGGGCAGUCUCUGAAAAAGGGACUCCUUAGUCACCAAGGACUGGGAAGCCAAGAACUUCAUUUUCUCUUAAACAAGCUGAGUGAGAAGUUACCUUGUUACCUAGAAGACAGAAGACUUGGUUGCAAUUCGUGCCUUUCAUGAGGAAAUCCAACCCCUAAGAAUAUUCAUAAAAAUGUGUUUUUAAAUUUUAUUUUACUGACAUGUUCUUUUUAAUGCAUCUUCAGAUACUCAUCCAUAAAAUGAGUUGCCAAGAAAGUCUUACAGCAAGUGAGAGGAUUUUACACAGAAAUCUCAGGAGUUUGAGCAUCGAACACCUGUUGGCUUUUUUAAAAGAACAAUUCUGUUCAGUGAGCAUUUAGUUAUAUUAGGGAAUCUAUGAGUCAAGAGUAUUAGGCGUUAUUAAUAAUUGUAAUGAUAGUAGCUAGCAUUUAUAUAGUGCUUUAAGUUUUACAAAGCAUUUUACAAAUGUUAUGUCAUUUUGUUUUCAUAACAACCCCGGGAAGUAGGUGCUAUUAUUAUUCUUAUUUUCCAGAUGAGCAAGCUGAAAGCAGACAGAGUCUACCUAGGGUCACACAUUGAGGCCAGAUUUGAACUCAGUUCUUUGGGACAUCAGGUCCAGCAUUCUAUCCACUGCACCACUUAGCUGCAGAGAUGCCAGUCCGUGCUCUGAGUCAUAGAGAGGGAAGUGCAUUGGUGUUGAGAGUAUUCUUGACUUUUCUGCCAUUUUCAAGCCAGCAGUGGCAGAAGAGAUCCCGCAGUAGGUGUAGGUUUCUCUGCUUGCUUUCACCAUUACUGAAUUUGAGCAGGAUGCCAGCAUCUGUGGGAGAAGGGAGAUUGUUUUAUAUGGGGGGGGGAAUGACAAAAGCAUUAGGUUUGUUAGGGUUUUUUACUUAUUAAUAAUGAUGGUUAUGAAAACUGACAACUAUAUAGCACUUUAAUGUUAGGCCUCCCAAACAACUGUGUGAGGUAACAACCACAUGUAUUAUUAUUAGUCCUAUUUUACAGAUGAGGAAAUAGAGCCUCAGAGAGGGUGAGUGACUUACACAUGGUCACACAGUUAGUUAAGAGGCAGAGGGGGAACUAGACCCAGGUCUUCCUAAAUUGUUCCUACUCCACACUUCCCAGUCAUAUAUUUCCAUCUCAAAAUAAUUAAAUCUCAGUAUCUUAUUUUGUUUAAACAGAGAAUACAAAUCAGUAACCUACACACACACAUAUUCCUAUGAGCCAUAUCGGAAUUCCCUUUUGCUUAGAAAUCUCAUCCUUUCCCUUGAACUCUAAGAUCACCCUCAUUCUGGGAUUUGUUGACUUCUUUUUAAACGUUGUUCCCCUCCCCUCUUAAUAUGCAUAUAUCCAAAUAACAAUGGUAUUAAAGCUCUAAACAAU